UCAGCACUGGACACAAUUGAACAGCGACCAGCGCGUUCACGGUGAAAGACAGAAAAGGGGGCGACAAAAAACCGAAUAAUAUAAUUGUUAUAAUAAUAAUAAUAAUUUCGGAUUAUGAACAUGUGUGUGGGGGUUUUGACCUAAGGAUGCGUCCAGGGGAUUAUUCCCGUUCGCGUUUCCGGUGCCGUCAUCCAGCGCGUCGUCUCAGGAACCCUUCGGCUCGGAUGCUGCCUCAUCAGCCGCCGCCGCCGCCUCCUCCAUCUUCUUCUUCAGCACCUCGCCAUUGACAUGACGGCGGGGACGCGGGGCGCGGAGACACGCACGGCGGGGACGUGGGAACCGGAAAAAGAGCGCACCCGAGCGGCGUCCAGGACGAACGCCAAGGGCAGUGCGGCACACCGCGGGAGGAGAGGUGGAGGAAGAGGAGGAGAAGGAGGUGGUGGAAGAGAAGGAACAAGAAGAAGCAGUAGGAAGAGAGGGUCGAUAGCGGAGCUGCUGUCCGUUUCCCACCCCUCCAUCCCCUCCAUCUUCCGUUAGUCCGGUUAUUACCGGUGGUGGUGGUGGGUUUUUUUUCUUCCCUAAAAAAAAAACAACAACAACAACAAAAAAACGGCUCAAACCCGCGCGCGCGGACCUCCCUGUCAAUCAACCUGGUCGCUUGGCAACCAGCAGCGGCGCUCGCGCACCGCACCGCACCGCACCACUCCGGCUGAAGGAACAGAUCCUGAUUUUAAUUAAAUAUUAUUACAAUUAUUAUUAUUAUUUAUUAUUAUUAUUAUUAUUAUUAUUAUUGUCACAAAAGUGUCGACGAAGCCACUUAACACCUCGUCGCUACCGCUUCUGCUUUAUUCCGCGCGUUUCUCCUCAUAAAACAGCGGCAGGUGUGGCCACAAGCUAACGAGGCUAACAAACUUUCCUCACUUUUUACCUCAGUCUGGAAAAAGCGCGCGAAAUUCACGUGUUACUUAUGAGGAUUUAUUAUUAUCACAUAUAAAGUGUUGGUAAUGAUUAAGAAUUAAAUCGUUCUGUCGUUAAGUACUUUAAUAACUUAUUUAUUAAGAAAAAAAAUCAAAGGUAUUUUAUUUAUAAUUGAGAUCUAACUCAUUAAUGUAUUUCAGGGAUAAAGUUAGCUAGCGACGUUUCAUCCUAUGCUAGCUUAGCUUAUCUUAGCUACUGCUACCGCGAACUACUUUAAAUAGAUCUCAUUACGAGUUACCGGCUAUAUUUAAUAAAGAAUAUUAUUACUAUUAAUAUUAUAUUGUAACUGAACCUGUGUAACUUUAUUCACACAAUGUAAGAAUUACCUCAGUAAUAGGAGUGUAGCGGCGAAGCUAAUUUUGUAGCCUGACGAAAGCUCACUGUGUGCGCGCGCGUGUGUGCGUGUGUGUGUGUGUGUGUUUUUACACUACAAUACGUCGUUAGCAAUAUACGCAGAAGGUUUCUUUUCCCAGGUGUGUGUGUUUAGGUGCCAGCGUUUCUGUCCCGUUGCUAAGGGACUUGAACAUAUGAGCGCACGGCUCCGAACUGCUUCGUUCCUGCCGUCACUCGUCACGCUCACGCUCACGCUCCUAGUAGGCGAGGCCAUGGGCUGCCUCCAGAGCGUGGCGUGUAAACCGCGCGUGCGGCGCGAGAACAUCGUGGUGUACGAGGUGUCAGCAUCCAUCGACCGGAGCCCCACGGUGGUGGAGGAGAACUCGCCCAUCGUGUUGCGCUACAGAACGCCCUACUUCCGCGCCUCCGCCGGGGUCGUCAUGCCGCCCGUGCCACGGAAUGAGACGUGGACAGUGGGCUGGAUUCAAGCGUGUACGCAGAUGGAGUUCUACAACACGUACGGAGACGCUGGCGCGUCGAGCUGGGAGCUUCCGGAGCUGCGUGAAGGUCGCGUGAAGGCCAUCAGUGACUCGGACGGCGUCAGCUACCCUUGGUAUGGCAACACUACGGAAACGGUGACCAUUGUGGGUCCGACGUCCAAGCCGUCACGUCUCACCGUCAGCAUGAACGACAACUUCUACCCAAGCGUGACGUGGGCGGUGCCUGUGGGUGAAAGCGGCACGCCGGCGCUCACUCGAGUCACUCGUGACCAGAGCUUCAUCACGUGGUUGGUGGCCUUGAACACCGUGACACGUGAGAAGAUCCUGCUGCAGACGGUGCGCUGGCGAAUGCGGGUCGACAUCGCCGUCAAUCCCGUGAUGCCUCUGGGCUCCCGCGCCACCCUCGUCAGCCCGACGCACCAGGAACAGCCGCUCAUCCUCACCAACAACGAACCCAUCCCGCCAAAUGCACUGGCGCGACCCAACGCCAACGACGCGCAAGUGUUAAUGUGGAGGCCAAGAAGAGGACCACCGCUAGUCGUCAUUCCCUCCAAAUAAAACGCCAGCUAAAACAACGUAGCAUCGUUAGUGUCUGUGCAGGAGCAUGGAAUCAUGGGAAAUAAGCAGGAGGGUUAAAGCUUGUCCUGUACCGUCUGUUCAGAGGAUCAUGGGAAACCAGGGGUUCCUCA